AUGGCGGAGCGUGAUAUCCAGCAGCAACUGCGUCGUUCCUCCUCGCGAACGUCGUCCACCUCGCGGCACAGUCAAAGAGCUAAGACCGUUCGUGCUCGAUCUCAGAAGCGCCAUUCUGCCUCCUCCAAUGCCACCACCACCGACCUCACGUCCUUCCCCUCCCUCUCGCCGGACCGCUCUCCCGACGGCUUCGUCGGCCAGCCCGCGCUGAAUCGCGCCUUGACGAACGCAUUGCUGGACGGGGACGCGGAAGAAGGUUCAGGCGAUAUCACCCGUGACCGACGGUCCACCUUAGCCAAGUUGACCGGGGCGGUCCCCGCGAGCUCUGGCCGUGCCGCCUUGUUCGACGAUUCGUUCACCAUGCACGAUUUCCCCGGUGCGCUGCAUCUAGCGGAUGACUCGAAUAUCGAACGGUUAAUAGCCAGUAUGGGGGCAGUGAAGCUGGUCAGACAGUUCGCCCGUGACCUGGCGCAGCGGGAUGCAGAGAUUUCGGCGCUGCGUCAACGAGCGGAUGCUAGGGAGCGGGAACUGAAGAGGAUGCUCCGUGAGGUGUCCGUUUCCAACCAGGAUAUUGAGCGAAGGCUAUAUGCGCUGGAGAAUGCUCCGCGCAAGAACUCUGGCGGUGAGGACGCUGAAAACGAUGCGGAGCAGGCAGGUCGUCAGGGGCGAGGGGUUCAUGGGCUCAUGCAGCAGGCGAUGAGUGACGGGGUGGGGUCACAGCUACAUGAGGACGACUCGGUGCACUCCUCGGAUCAAGUCCAGGCGACAGUUCGUGGGCCGCAGCGCUCAGAGAUUGACUCGCGCUCAGGCACGUCGAGUGUCGAUUCAGGAACUACCCGAAAGAGACAGAGUUCUGUUCGCGGUUGGCAGGAUUACAUCUUCGGCAGCGGUACCGCCAGUCGGAAAACUAGUAGAGCGAGCAGUAUCAUGGACGACGUUGGAGAAGUCGAGGAGGGCGCCCAUAAUCCUCGUGCUUCAAACAACAAUCGCCGGAAAGCGCUGGACGAGCAGCUCUUUCAACCUCCUAGCGAACGUUCUGGGGGUGGCAUAGCUGCAAAACAUGCAGUUUCUGGGUUAGUCAGUGGAGACGAUGCUAGUACUCAUUCCCGCAAAUCGUCAAAGUCAAUUACGUCGUGGACGGUCAGGCUGUUUGCUGGAGGGUCUCAGAAUAGCCGAGACGAGAAUGACGCGGGAUCCGUCCGCAGCAGAACUUCCUCCAUCCAUCAGGACAAGACUAGAGGCUCCUCGUCCACGUCCACAAAUCCCAAAACGGCCCUCUCAGCGGUCGCAGCGUUAAAACGGAUCAACAGCAACACUAGCAUACACAGUGCGCCUGGCAGAUCUACCAAUGGGUCCACUGGGCCCGGCAGAACAGCGGCUCCUUCUGGGCCAGUCGAAAUGGAUGCCAUUCUCCCCAUGGAAUCUCGUCCCCCAACCCUUUCUCAUAUGUAUAACAACUAUCAGCCUGGAGAGCUACUCACCGAUCGGUUUGGAUUUAUCUAUGACCAGCGUCGGAAAAAGAGGCAGAGAGAAGCUGCUAUGUCCAAGAAUAAUAGCAAGCGUCUGAGCAUCGCUGAAACACUCAGCAGCUUCCGCACCGAGACAUCAGAUGGAGAUGAAGAUGCUGUGCAAGGAAUUGCGGAGCCUCAGCGCUCACCCUUCUCGGUUUCGCCCGAGGAUCCAGAAGCUGGAGCUGUGGCUAUACGGAAAUGGCAGGAUUAUCUAAAGUUUCCAACGCGACCGACCGAAUUACUAUCUCACACCCCAUCAGCCGGCCCUAUUGUGUCACUUACCACCACAAGCGAACCUCCGCCGCGUAGUACUGCAGUAGCGGUUGACCGACAUGGUUCGCUUUCUGUCAACCCAAAUGCUCCGCCAUCUGCAUCUACAUCCACGGUCGUCGCUGAUCGCCCAGAAUUUGCGGGAACAUCCGCCGAUGAGCCAACGACUGCAGCCACGCAGAGUGCGUCCACAGAGAAUGAACCAGUCAAAUUGCUUCUUGAGCAAUUGACAGAGCUCCACGAUGCUCUCCAACGGGACAGGACCGUCAGAUGGAACGAGUUCAUGCGCAAGGUGCGCGCAGAACGCAGGAAGGAGGGAGAAGCUGCUGCUGCUGCUGCGAUAUCUACUAGAGCUGCGCAGUCUGUCGACACGCCAGAAGCAUCUCUAGCAGUCGGCGAAGUAGUUGGAAUAGCUAAUCUAGGGAACAAGGGCAAAGUCGGUCGUGCCAAGUGGCGGGAGUUCCGAUCGCUCGUCCUUGGGGGGAUUCCGGUUGCUCUGCGGGCGAAGAUUUGGUCCGAAUGCAGCGGCGCAUCCUCCAUGCGAGUGCCUGGUUAUUAUGAUGAUCUGGUGGCAGGUAUCGGUGGUAGCGAACCGGACCCAUCGGUUGUAGCGCAAAUUGACAUGGAUAUCAACCGGACGCUAACCGACAAUGUGUUCUUCCGUAAAGGUCCCGGCGUGUCUAAAUUGAGAGAGGUGCUACUGGCAUACUCACGCCGCAACCCAGAGGUAGGAUAUUGCCAGGGGAUGAACCUGAUCGCUGCUUCGCUACUUCUCAUCACUCCGACCGCAGAGGACGCUUUCUGGAUUCUCGCCUCGAUGAUUGAAAACAUCCUCCCUCAGCAUUAUUACGAUCACGGAUUACUUGCUUCACGAGCCGAUCAGGUCGUGCUACGACAGUACAUCUCCGAAGUGCUACCUAAACUAGCCGCACACCUUGACUCGUUGGGCGUCGAGCUCGAAGCUCUGACAUUCCAAUGGUUCCUCUCCGUCUUCACCGACUGCUUGUCUGCCGAAGCACUCUACCGCGUCUGGGAUGUGGUGCUCUGCCUCAACGUCACCAGCGUCGUGAAUCCCGGAACUGGAAGUGGCUCCCACUCUUCAACCCGGGAGUCCAACGAUGCGAACAAUUCCACUGCCCAAGACAUUGCAUCGGGGAGCGGCGGCGGCAGCACGUUCUUAUUCCAAGUGGCUCUCGCACUCCUGAAACUCAACGAGCAGCAGCUCCUGACCACCUGCUCCACCCCGGCGGAACUCUAUACAUACAUCAACCACCAAAUGACCAACCACGCCAUCAGCAUCGACGGGCUCAUCCAGGCCAGCGAGGCCCUCCGGAACGUCGUCCGCCGCGAAGACGUCGUGGCUCGACGGGCAGAGGCCCUGCGAGAAAUGAGGGAACUCGGCGGAUCAACCCAGUCAGCUGAUGCCGAAGCCAAUUCCGCCUGA